GCAACAAUAACUCCAACUUCAACCUCCCUUCCUCCGACAACUCACAAGAAAAUAAUCACUACACUUCCAACUACAGCACCAAAUUCUACGCACAAUGCUACUACAGCUGUACCUUCAACAGUUGAAACUCCUACAUCAUCGUUGAGCACAAGUAGCGAUCAUUCAACAGCAUCCAGUUAUUUUACAUUUAAGAUGUUUACUUUAGGUCCCGCCAAACCAGAAUGGAGGCCAACAGAAUGUACACAUCUAUUCAGUGGUUAUAUUGUGCCUGACCUGCUUCACUUUGCUGCAUUUAUAUUUGGCUUUUAUCACUUUAGGAUUCAAGAAAGUGAGGGCUUACAAGCACUGAUUGAAAUGGUUUUUCUUCAAAGUAGAAAUCAAACCAAAGUGGUAAAAAGACUCAGAUCCUUCCUGAUUCUUGGCGCAGUUUGUUUGGUCAUCUCUACCGCCACCUAUAUUCUGUUUAUUAUUUCCUUUGGUCUUCCAUCAGUCACAGGAUUCCACAAUGACACUAAGAACCAAUGGAUUUCUAUAUGCUUCAUGGUCCUUGGUAAUCUAGUCCUGGAUUGUGUCAGUUUUGUCGUCAUCCUGAAUUACUGUGCUCAGUGUCAGCUGUUGAUAUUCUAUUUGAGGGACAUUGCUUUAAGAAUGGAAGAAAAGACAGCAGAACUGGGUCAUACUAUGAAGGUKACUCAAAAUCUCUCUUGAGAUAUAUGAAUAACAAUGAAACAGCUGCCAUGUUGGUUGAUCUAACAAGAGAAGCUAAUGAGUACUGCUUUGUUAUUAUCAACCAAGAUGGUGGUUAUGACGUAGCAUGUACAUGCUCUAUAUACAACCUCUCUAUUCUUUUCCAUUCCAUCCAUUUUUCUUUGUUUUUAACAGAUGACCCAACCCUUUCUAUUUACUUUUGUUUAUCUCAGUAG